GUUCUAUCAUGUGGACAAACGGCAUGCCAGUUUAACAUGUUGUCAGGAGGUCGCUGCUAUUAUUCAUGUCGGUAUAAUGAAUGUCAACAAGACACCAAAACCACUCGAGCACAAUUCAUGGGAGCAAUGUUAUCAAGAGAAUUUGAGUGUAGAGAAGAAGGCGCAACAGAUUUUUCAUGCUUCAGAAGUGCGCCAUUGGGAGACUGCUCAAAUUUUCAAUGGUUCUGCACGCAAUGCUGACCAAAGACCACAGUAAAAUCAUGACCACAGGCUGGUCGUUGAUAUAAUAGCUAGACGUAAUUGACCUGCUAGAUAACCGAAAACCGAAAUAUACUUGAGGGAUAAUAAUUAAUAAAGGAUCAGGUGUUUAUUUUGGCCUGC